AGAGACUCACCGCUCUCACACACACUCACCCUCUUUCCUGCUCCAUUGCUCCCGAAGCAUCUCUGUCUCUCUGUCUCUCUGUCUCUCUGUCUCUCUCUCUCUCUCUCUCUCUCUCUCUCUCUCUCUCUCUCUCUCUCUCUCUCUCUCUCUCUCUCUCUCUCUCUCUCUGACACACACACAGGCUAAUUCACCCUCCCUCUUUCUAUCUCCCUCUGCCUCUCUCACUCUCACACACGAGAGUAGCAGGGCAUGGAGGCAGCUGCAGCCUCUGCUACUGCUAUUUUAACUGACAUGGACGAGAGACACGAAGAAGGAGAGCACGUGCUGAGGAGUCACGGUGAAGAGGCUGUUGUUGACCAUGGAAAGACCAGCUCAGCCACGCACACCAACUUUGAAAAAGAAGAACUUGAGAGCCAUAGGGCUGUGUAUGUGGGAGUCCAUGUUCCGCUGGGGAAGGAGAGCAGACGGCGACACAGACACCGAGGACACAGACAUCACCGCAAGAGAAACAGAGAAAGAGAUUCUGACCAGGAGGCUGGAGAGAGAGAAUCCCCAACAUAUGACACACCAUCUCAACGGGUGCAGUGCAUUCUGGGUACUGAGGAUGGUGACGUGGAGCAUGUUCCUCACGAGCUUUUCACAGAGCUGGACGAACUUUCUGCUCGCCACGGCAACACCGAGUGGAGAGAGACUGCCAGAUGGCUGAAGUUUGAGGAGGAUGUGGAGGAUGGUGGAGAGAGGUGGAGUAAACCCUAUGUUGCCACUCUCUCUCUGCACAGUCUGUUUGAGCUGCGCAGCUGCAUUUUGAAUGGCACUGUACUGCUGGACAUGAGAGCUGGCUCCAUAGAGGACAUCGCAGAUAAUGUGAUAGACAGUAUGGUAGCGUCUGGUCAGCUGGAUGAGUCUUUGAGGUUGAAGGUGAGGGAGGCAGUGCUGAAGCGCCAUCACCACCAGAACGAGAGGAAGCUGAGUAACCGUUUCCCGCUGGCCGUGCGUUCGCUGGCUGAUAUAGGCAAGAAACACUCUGACCCGCUCUUACUGGAGCGCAGUGGUGAUGGGUUGUCUGCCUCCCGCAAUUCCCUUCUCAAGCUGGGCGGCUCCAUUUCAAACCUGUCCCAGAGACGCGAGUCCCGCGUCUCCAUGCUCCUGAACCACCUCCUUCCUGGCACCGCCCAUGGUCCCUCCCCCAGCCCAUCCCCUCAGAGCACCCCGCCCCCAUCUAGACGCUUCGCCAACAGACCCCCCGUCCACCUGGACAUCCCCGCGGUCGUGGUGUCGCCACCAGUCGAGGAUGAGGAAGCAGAGGGGAUUUCAGCAGAGGAGGACGCCCUGGACUUCACAGCUUGUGAAGGUCCAUUGGUGUCUGCCACUUCUCUCUCUGGCUCUCUGGAUGCAGGCAGGCCAAGUGAAAACAGAUCAUCCAAAUCAAACAGCAAAGACAGCAGCACUGUAGAUCUCAGCAAGGUGGAUAUGAACUUCAUGAAGAAGAUUCCUCCUGGGGCAGAAGCUUCCAAUGUGCUGGUGGGUGAAGUGGACUUUCUGGAUCGACCAAUCAUAGCCUUCGUCCGCCUUUCACCUGCUGUUCUGCUCACGGGGCUCACAGAGGUUCCUGUCCCGACCAGGUUCUUGUUUCUGUUGUUGGGGCCAUAUGGAAAAGGUCCUCAGUACCAUGAGAUUGGCCGCUCCAUGGCCACGCUGAUGACAGAUGAGAUUUUCCAUGAUGUAGCCUAUAAGGCUCGCGACAGAGUGGAUCUUCUCUCUGGCAUUGAUGAGUUUUUGGAUCAGGUGACUGUUCUUCCUCCUGGAGAGUGGGACCCUACCAUCCGCAUCGAGCCUCCCAAGAAUGUCCCGUCACAGAUGAAAAGGAAGAGGCCAUCACAGGCUAAUGGCAUGGCGACUCCUGCUGAACCUCCACAGGAAGAGGAACACCACAUUGGACCAGAGCUACAGAGAACUGGAAGGGUAUUUGGAGGCUUAGUGCGUGAUGUAAAGCGUAAAGCUCCAUUCUACUGGAGUGAUGUUGUGGAUGCGCUCAGCCUGCAGUGUGUGGCCUCUGUACUCUUUCUCUACUGCGCCUGCAUGUCUCCAGUCAUCACCUUUGGAGGUCUCCUGGGGGAAGCCACAAAGAGCAACAUUAGUGCUAUAGAGUCGUUAUUUGGAGCUUCCCUGACUGGUGUGGCGUUUUCCCUCUUUGCCGGACAGCCUCUGACCAUCCUAGGGAGCACAGGGCCUGUACUUGUAUUUGAGAAGAUCCUUUUCAAAUUCUGCGAGGAUUAUGGGAUGGUGUACCUGUCCCUGCGCUGCAGUAUCGGCCUGUGGACGGCCUUUCUCUGCGUGGUGCUAGUGGCCACAGAUGCCAGCUCACUGGUGUGUUACAUCACUCGUUUCACUGAAGAGGCCUUUGCUGCUCUGAUCUGCAUUAUCUUCAUCUAUGAGGCACUGGAGAAACUACUGCACCUGGGAGAGAAUUACCCUGUUAACACACACAACGACCUGGACAACCUCACACUGUACAGCUGCCAAUGUUCUGCUCCAGAUCAGGUGUCCAAUAUAACACUGCAGUUGUGGAACAACACGGGACACACAGGAGAUUCAAUACCAUGGAAUCAGCUCAACGUGUCGAUGUGUAAGCUGCUGCACGGUGAGUUUGUCGGUUCGGCCUGUGGACACCACGGCCCCUUCAUCCCGGACGUGCUCUUCUGGUCCAUCAUCCUUUUCUUCACCACCUUCUUCCUCUCCUCCUUCCUCAAACAAUUCAAGACUGAGCGGUACUUCCCCACUAAGGUUCGCUCCACUAUCAGUGAUUUCGCAGUGUUUUUGACUAUAAUGGUCAUGGUGCUAGUGGAUUAUCUGAUGGGGAUUCCAUCCCCCAAACUCAACGUGCCUGACCGCUUUGAGCCCACCUCUAAGCACCGUGGAUGGCUGAUCUCUCCUCUGGGCGUUAACCCCUGGUGGACUCUGCUUGGGUCUGUUAUUCCUGCUCUUCUUUGCACCAUCCUCAUCUUCAUGGACCAGCAGAUCACUGCAGUCAUCAUCAACCGCAAAGAGCACAAGCUCAAGAAAGGCUGUGGGUAUCACCUGGACCUGCUGGUUGUGGCGGUGAUGCUGGGUGUGUGCUCAGUGAUGGGAUUGCCGUGGUUUGUUGCAGCCACUGUGUUGUCCAUCUCCCAUGUUAACAGCCUGAAGCUGGAGUCCAGCUGUUCAGCCCCAGGGGAACAGCCCAAGUUCCUGGGCAUCAGAGAACAGCGCCUCACUGGAGUCCUCAUCUUCACUCUUAUGGGCUGCUCUGUCUUCAUGACCUCAGCGCUAAAGUUUAUUCCCAUGCCGGUGCUGUAUGGAGUCUUUCUCUAUAUGGGGGUUUCCUCUCUGAAAGGCAUACAGUUCUUUGACAGGAUCAAACUGUUCGGGAUGCCAGCGAAACACCAGCCAGAUCUCAUCUACCUGCGUUAUGUGCCGCUGUGGAAGGUUCAUGUCUUCACGCUGGUGCAGCUCACAUGCCUUGUGCUGCUCUGGGUCAUCAAAGUCUCUUCUGCCCGUGUCGUCUUCCCCAUGAUGGUGCUGGCGCUGGUGUUCAUCCGGAAACUUCUGGAUUUCUUCUUUACUAAGAGAGAGUUGAGUUGGCUGGAUGACUUGAUGCCUGAAAGCAAGAAGAAGAAAGAGGAUGACAAGAAGAAGAAGGCUAAACAGGAGGCUGAGGAGUGUCUGGAGGAAGAGGACGAGGCCAGACUGUCCUAUGCAGGUGGAGGAGGAGGAGGAGGAGGGAAUGUGCUGAAGAUCCCAGUGCACUCUCACAGCGGCAGUGCUGAUCAGUUGUUUUUUAACAUAACUGAUGAGAUGAACAGGAGUUCUGCAUGGAAAGCUGUUGCAUCAAACACCAUGAAGAAGAGCGAGAGUCAGGAGAAGGUGGCUUGUGUUAGGGUAAACAUGGAAGCAGCUCAUAACGGGUGCGACAAGACAGACGUAGAGACGGCUCUCUAAAGGAGUUUAUUCUUCCCUUUUGGAGCCAUGGCGGACCCCAUCACAUGCUCCUGCUGGAGCAGAGCAGCCUACGCUUGUGUUUCGGCCUGGGCUGGACUCAGCAGUGCCCCCCGCUGGCCUGGAGGCGAGAGCAGCGUGUGCAGACGAACAGAGUCACCAACGCCAAACUGCCAGGCCAUAGGAAAGACCAACAGCCCAACUGACUCGCCCAUUUAUUUCUUUAAUCUUGGUUGAGACACCCAAACGUAUGCUUUUUUUUUUGGAUAUUUCAUUUGCUGUUACAGCAUUUCACUUUUCAGUUUAGAAUAUUUGGGGACUUUUUUACUUUUAAACUGGCUUCAUUCAUAGACAAAAUUGUGACUCAAAAGUUGGCUGGGUGCAGUCGUGAAACAGCCAUAAGGUUUGCUUACUAAAUGAAUGUGCUUCAGAAAUUCAUACGUGUCUUCUGAAUGAUGUCAUGUUUCAUGUUCAUAGAUGCUGUUUGAUGUGCAACUCUCUUGGUGGAUGCCCUUUAAAAUGUACAGGUUCCAAUUCAGGUUUUAAUUAUGUGUGCCUUGUAUAAACGGCUGUUGUCACGCACAGAUGUGGAGACCGACGGGGACGGCAAGAGAAGAGAUUAUUAAACGUACAUCUUUCCCAAACCCCAUUUUUGGUAUUAUUCCAAAGACUGUCAUAUAUGUGUAGUGCCCUCCCCCCACACACGUCCCCAGUGUCCCCGGUUCUUCUGUAUGAAUUCUAAAACUGAUCUCUGUAUUCAAGCGCACUUUUUGGGAUUACAGUGGUAAGUCCCUCACUGUAUUCCUACAUUUGUGGUCGUGCACUGUAUGUAAGCGUUCCACACAUUGCCAAGUCAUUUUAAAUGUUCUUUAUUGAGUAACUCACUUAACGGAUGUGGCUGUGUUGUUUUCAGUGUGUAUAAUUUUGAUAUUGUGUUAAAACGGGCACCCACCGGGCGUCUGAUCGUAGUGCACAGUGUGUCUUAUGUGUAUCACUGUACUGUGUUCCAUAGAGAAACUUUAUACACUGUGUAGUAGAGGAGCAGUGGGACUGAUUCAGGAGUCUUGCAUUAACUGCUGUGAUGUUCUAGAGUCCUGACUGAUGGUUUAGUCCUGACUGUUGUAGAAUCCAGACUGAUGAUGAAGACUGGUGUUUUAAAAUCCUGAUUGGCUGAUCUAGAAUACUGGUGAAUGUCUAAUUCAAGAAUCCUGACUGAAGGUUUACACUUCUGACUCUUGCAGAAUGCUGAUUGAUGUUCUAGACUCCUAACUGAUGUAGAACACUGACUGAUGUUCUAGACUCCUAACUGAUGUAGAACACUGACUGAUGUUCUAGACUCCUAAUUGAUGUUCUAGAAUUUGGACUGAUGGUUUACAGCCCUAACUGUUGUAGAAUCCAGACAGAUGAUCAGUGAUGUUUUAGAAUCAUCACUGUCUGAUCUAGAAUACUGGUGGGUGUCUAAUUCAAGAAUGGUGACUGAUUAUUUACAGUCCUGACUGCUGUAAGACACUGAUUGUUGUUCUAGACUCCUAACUGAUGUUCUAGAGUCCUGACUGAUGGUUUAGUCCUGACUGUUGUAGAAUCCAGACUGAUGAUGAAGACUGGUGUUUUAAAAUCCUGAUUGGCUGAUCUAGAAUACUGGUGAAUGUCUAAUUCAAGAAUCCUGACUGAAGGUUUACACUUCUGACUCUUGCAGAAUGCUGAUUGAGGUUCUAGACUCCUAACUGAUGUAGAACACUGACUGAUGUUCUAGACUCCUAACUGAUGUAGAACACUGACUGAUGUUCUAGACUCCUAACUGAUGUAGAACACUGACUGAUGUUCUAGACUCCUAAUUGAUGUUCUAGAAUUUGGACUGAUGGUUUACAGCCCUAACUGUUGUAGAAUCCAGACAGAUGAUCUGUGAUGUUUUAGAAUCCUCACUGUCUGAUCUAGAAUACUGGUGGGUGUCUAAUUCAAGAAUGGUGACUGAUUAUUUACAGUCCUGACUGCUGUAAGACACUGAUUGUUGUUCUAGACUCCUAACUGAUGUUCUAGAGUCCUGACUGAUGGUUUAGUCCUGACUGUUGUAGAAUCCAGACUGAUGAUGAAGACUGGUGUUUUAAAAUCCUGAUUGGCUGAUCUAGAAUACUGGUGAAUGUCUAAUUCAAGAAUCCUGACUGAAGGUUUACACUUCUGACUCUUGCAGAAUGCUGACUGAUGUUCUAGACUCCUAACUGAUGUAGAACACUGACUGAUGUUCUAGACUCCUAACUGAUGUAGAACACUGACUGAUGUUCUAGACUCCUAAUUGAUGUUCUAGAAUUUGGACUGAUGGUUUACAGCCCUAACUGUUGUAGAAUCCAGACAGAUGAUCAGUGAUGUUUUAGAAUCCUCACUGUCUGAUCUAGAAUACUGGUGGGUGUCUAAUUCAAGAAUGGUGACUGAUUAUUUACAGUCCUGACUGCUGUAAGACACUGAUUGUUGUUCUAAACUCCUAAUUGAUGUUUAGAAUUUUAAAUGAUGGUUUACAGUACUGUUGUGUAACACUCAUUGAUGUUCUAGACCCCUAAGUGAUGUUCUACAACCCCAAUUCCAAUGAAGUUGGGACGUUGUGUAAAACAUAAAUAAAAACAGAAUACGAUGAUUUGCAAAUCCUUUUCAACCUAUAUU